UGUAAAUUAUAAUAAGUAAAUUGAAUUCCUGAAGUUUCUUGGCAUAUUAGGAUUUGUAAUCGAAAUUAUUUUGUAAUAAAACUAAGUUCGAAAAAUAAAUGUUUACACUUGUGCAGCAUAUUAUAAUAUGUGUCAAUAAUGUAGAUAUAUGUGUUAGAUAUAAAAUUGUAAUUUCUAAACCGCUUGUAAAAUGGAUGCAGACAGUCUAGAAAAAGAGAACAAGUCUUACAAACGACAUUUCUUAGCACUGCUAGAACGUUGUGAAACGUUACAACAGGAUAAUGAGCGGCUUGUGCAUAGAAUUCAUAAAGUAACCAAACAAGUGAGACGUUUACGAGUAGAACGAAAAUUUAUCAUGGACAGAUUAGACAAACAUAGAGAUAAUUGGAGAGAAGCUAAACUACAAGUCGAUUUAGGAACUGAAGCGCAAAUAUUUGAUGGAGUUAAUACUAAAAAUCAAGGUAUGUCUGAUACUCCAAAUGGUAAACGACAUUCAAAUGUUAAGUCUACAGAAAAGAAAGAUCCUAAUUUGCCAAAAAGGCCAGCUAACCCAUUUUUUAGAUUUUGUCAAGAGCAAAGGCCAAUUGUACUUGAUCAAAUUAUUAUGUCUGGUGAAGGAGAACCAACUAAACAGGAUUUAACCAAACGAUUAGCUAUAACUUGGAAUACAAUGGGUCAUAAUGACAAAAAAGUUUACUACGAUAUGUACGAGAGAUCUAAAGAAAAAUAUGCAGCAGACAUGGAAGAGUAUACUUUAACUAAAGCUAUCAAUGCUGUGCAAACACCUAGUCAAUAGUUUUUUUUUUUUUAAAUAAGACUAUUUUAGAUAUUUUUAUAAUUUAAUUG